CACUUAAGAAACACUACUUUUAAGUAUUAUUUUUCAAAAGUUUUAUUCAUUGAAGAGAUAUUUAGUGCACGACUUAAGACAAUGUCUCAAAUCGUUGAAUGCGUUCCCAAUUUUUCAGAAGGAAGAGAUCCACAGAUAAUCAAUGCCAUCGCAAAUGCCAUUCGGGAGACCGAAGGUGUCUCUCUAUUGGAUGUAGACCCGGGACAGUCCACUAAUCGCACUGUCUAUACAUUUGUCGGCUCUCCCGAUGCAGUAGUGGAGGGGGCGUUAAAU